AAGGCCUUUCCGCGACAAUCAUUUCUCCCUUCAACCCACACACGGCUGGGACGCCACGUCUGCCUUCAACCUCUAUUGCCCCAGCCCUACUGUAAUUGCGGAGUUCAAGAUAGCCUUGCCAAGGGGGAGUUGCACGCCUCCUGAAGUUGCGAGGUUAGAGAUGGCGGGAAGGUCAAACAAAGGAAAGAACAGGAAAGCACAUAACACCUCCACAACGACUGAGCUUGUGGUGUCAUCUGAUGCUCCUGUAAGUGAUUCUGUAAGUUCGGAGGCUAAUGGAAAUACAGAAACCAGUCCAUCAACUGAUACCAAGACCAAAGCCAACAAAUCUGUGGAUGAGGCCCCAACAAACUCGGCAAAGCAAGGUGGUGCAGGUGACAUCCAUCUAUACCCGGUUACUGUUAAAACUCAAGGGGGUGAAAAGCUAGAAAUACAACUGAGUCCUACAGAUUCUGUGAUGGAUGUGAAGCUUUUUCUUCUUGAUGCUCCAGAGACAUGUUUCUUUACAUGCUAUGACCUCUUAUUACACACUAAAGAAGGGCCUUAUCUUCUAGAGGAUUAUAAUGAAAUUCCUGAUGUGGCCGAUAUAACAUCUGGAACCUGCUCCCUCGAGAUGGUUCCUGCAUUAUAUGAUGAUCGAUCUAUUAGGGCUCAUAUUCAACGCACACGAGAACUGUUAUCACUUUCCAGUGUGCACUCCUCACUCUCAACAUCACUUGCACUACAGCAUGAUAUCAGGCCUACUACAGCCUCCAAAUCCGGAGAGCCAACCAAAGCUGAUGUACCAGAACUCGAUAACACGGGUUUUGUGGAUAAUAUUUCUCAGUCACUCUCCAUUUUGCUAUCAACAAAUUCUAAGGAGGUGAAAUGUGUGGAGAGUAUAGUGUUCUCUGCAUUUAAUCCUCCUCCCAGUCACAGAAGACUUGCUGGAGAUUUAAUUUAUUUGGAUGUAGUAACACUCGAAGGAAACAAAUAUUGUGUGACAGGAACAACAAAAAACUUCUAUCUUAAUUCAAGCACUGCCAAUAUUCUUGAUGCAAGACCGAGUAAAACCGGUUGUGAAGCAACAACUCUCGUUGGACUUUUGCAAAAGAUUAGCUCUAAGUUUAAGAGAGCCUUUCAAGAAAUAUUGGAGCAGAAGGCCUCUGCUCACCCUUUUGAGAGCAUUCAAUCUUUGUUGCCCCCAAAUUCAUGGCUUGGCUACUAUCCCAUUCCUGAUCACAAGCGUGAUGCAGCUAGAGCAGAGAAUGCUUUGACACUUUCUUUUGGAAGUGAACUGAUUGGGAUGCAAAGAGAUUGGAAUGAAGAGUUGCAAUCUUGUCGGGAAUUUCCACAUGCUACACCACAAGAAAGGAUCUUGCGAGACAGGGCACUUUACAAAGUAACUUCUGACUUCGUGGAUGCUGCAACUAGUGGUGCUAUUGGAGUCAUCAGCAGAUGUAUUCCACCAAUUAAUCCAACCGAUCCGGAGUGCUUUCAUAUGUAUGUCCACAACAAUAUAUUCUUCAGCUUUGCUGUAGAUUCAGACCUUGAGCAACUAUCCAGCAGGCAGACCUCGGGAUCUCCUUCAGAUAUUGAGAGCACUAAUUCACUUCAGUUAUUGUCUGAGAAGAUCCCUAACAGUGUGCCACUUGGAGCUUCUGAAGGGGGGGAGAACCUUGCUGGUUCUAGUGCAGAUGUAAAUUGCUUGUUGGAUGUCGCAACAGGAGAACAUGUUGAGAAUCAGUUGGCUGAAAGUGAACAAGCCACAUAUGCAGGUGCAAACAAUGACCUGAAAGGAACGAAGGCAUAUCAAGAAGCUGACGUCCCUGGGCUAUACAGCCUUGCAAUGGCCAUAAUUGACUACAGAGGCUACAGGGUGAUUGCACAGAGUGUUUUACCCGGCAUCCUUCAUGGUGACAAAUCAGACUCGCUUCUAUAUGGAUCUGUUGAUAAUGGGAAAAAAAUAUGUUGGAAUGAGGAGUUCCACUCCAAGGUAGUCGAAGCUGCGAAGCGUCUCCACUUGAAGUUGCAUACUGUCUAUGACGGGUCUGGAAACGUUUUUGAGCUAGCUGCACCAGUUGAGUGCAAAGGUAUUGUCGGCAGUGAUGACAGGCAUUAUAUAUUGGACUUGAUGAGAGCCACACCUCGUGAUGCCAAUUGUAGCGGUCCAGGUUCCAGAUUUUGUAUUUUGAGACCUGAAUUGAUAACUGCAUUUUGCCAAGUUCAAACAGUGGAUAGCUCAAAACCAAAGUGUAAGGCUGAGGAGGAAGAGGUUCAAGAGACAAGUGAUUCUUCAAAGGCCAGCAAUGCUGAUGAUCUGCUCAGAACUGGGGAUAUCACCUCAAGCCUAGUUGACAAGGAGGAAAAAACAAAGCAAACCUAUAAUGUCCAGGAUUGCUGUCCUCAGUCAGGGAGCAAAGAUAUGCCUAAAGAUAUCCAAUUUAAUCCUAAUGUCUUCACUGAAUUCAAGUUGGCUGGGAAUAAAGAGGACAUAGCUGCUGACGAAGAACUUGUUAAGAAAGUGAGUUUGUAUCUUAGAGAUGUUGUACUUCCAAAGUUUAUACACAAUCUCUGCUCACUUGAAGUCUCACCCAUGGAUGGUCACACUUUGACUGAAGCACUUCAUGCCCAUGGGAUUAAUUUACGUUAUCUUGGAAAGGUUGCUGAGGGAACUAGGCAUUUCCCUCAUUUAUGGGAUCUUUGUUCUAAUGAAGUUGUCUUUAGGUCCGCAAAACACAUUUUCAAGGAUGCCUUGAGAGAUACGGAAGAUCAUGACCUUGGAAGUGCUAUCUCACAUCUUUUGAACUGUUUCUUUGGAAACAUCCAAACAACUCCUAGAAAAGUUGGAACAAAUUCUUUGCAUUUUAAGAACCAAAAGAAGGACCAUCAUUCUUCAAGCAAGAUAUCCAAUGGGCAGCCAAAUAAGAGAAGUGCAGUGUCUGCAAGGAAGAAGCAAUCUUCAUAUGUCAGUGUUACAUCUGAUAGUCUAUGGUCUGACAUCAUAGAAUUUUCAAAACUCAAGUACCAGUUCGAAGUUCCUGACGAUGCAAGAUUACGGGUUAAGAAGAUUCCAGCUUUGCGUAAUCUUUGCCUGAAGGUUGGAGUAACCGUUGCAGCUCGCAAAUAUGAUCUUGAUGCUGUUGCACCUUUUCAAGCAACUGAUAUUUUGAAUCUUCAGCCAGUUGUGAAGCAUUCUAUCCCUAUCAGUUCAGAAGCCAAGAAUCUGGUUGAAACGGGAAAAUCUCAGUUAGCUGAGGGGCAGCUUAGCGAGGCCUACACAUUAUUUUCUGAAGCUUUUACAAUACUUCAGCAGGUCACUGGUCCAUUGCACCGGGAAGUUGCCAACUGUUGUCGAUAUCUAGCUAUGGUCAUGUAUCACGCGGGUGAUAUGGCAGGAGCAAUAAUGCAGCAGCAUAAGGAGCUAAUCAUUAAUGAACGCUGCCUUGGACUGGACCAUCCUGACACUGCUCACAGUUAUGGAAAUAUGGCUCUUUUCUACCACGGGCUCAACCAAACAGAACUUGCUUUGCGGCACAUGUCUAGGGCUUUACUACUCCUAGGAUUGUCUUGUGGUCCUGACCAUCCUGAUGUUGCUGCAACAUUUAUUAAUGUUGCUAUGAUGUACCAAGACAGCGGAAAGGUAGACACUGCCCUGCGGUACCUGCAAGAAGCCUUGAAGAAAAACGAGAGACUCCUCGGCAAAGAUCAUAUUCAAACUGCCGUGUGCUAUCAUGCGCUUGCAAUCGCGUUUAAUUGUAUGGGUGCUUUUAAGCUGGCCCACCAGCAUGAAAAGAAGAUAUACGAUAUAUUAGCAAAACAACUUGGCGAGGACGACUCAAGGACAAAGGACUCUCAGACAUGGAUGAAAACAUUUAAGAUGCGGGAGUUGCAGAUGAAUGCUCAAAAGCAGAGGGGUGAAGCUUUAAAUGCUGCAGCUUCGGCUAACAAAGCUUAUGACAUCUUGAAGGCGAAUCCUAGUCUAAUACAAGCACUUCAAGCUGCCAGUGGGAAUGGAUCUCUAAAUGCUGCCGCUGCAGCUGCUGUACUUGGUGAAGGGCUACCCAGAGGAGGGGGGAGAGGCAGAGUUGAUGAAAGAGCUGCCCGGGCAGCUGCAGAAGUGAGGAAGAAAGCUGCUGCAAGGCGUCUUCUUCUCCACCCUAACGCUGCUGCCGCUGCAGCUGGCAUUUCUGUGCCAGGCUCUAAUGCUGUGGACAAUGAGAACACAUUAACAAAUAAAGAAGUGAAUAAUGGGCACUCCAUAAAUACUACACCUCAUGCAGUGGUUGAAGAUAACAAACAGAAACCUGAUCAUAUCCCGGCUGGAUUAGGCACUGGUUUGGCUUCGCUGCAUUCCAAGAAGCAGAGAUCUAAAGCCAAAGCUGCCCAUCUUGAAGUCCAUGUACAUAAGUGAAAUGCAGUAUGCAGUUAGCACCGCCCGGCCAGCUGAAUUUUUAUGGGGGGUGGGUGUAAUUAAAAGCUCAGAGAUUGCUAUGGAUUUCACAUAAAAAGCCCUUACCGUGAGGGCGUUUUCAGCAUUUCCUUCAAAAUUUCUCAUUCAAGGUUUACCCCAGCCAGCCAAUGCGUGUAUUCGAGUUAUAUACCCAAUAAGUUUUAUGCCAUUCAAAUCUAGCAGAUCUUCUAGGUUCUAACUUCAAGUAGUGUAGAAAACUAGGAAAGUAUGGACUGCACUCAAGUUGCUCAUUUAACAUUUGAAGUUAUUGAGUAUUAAAUCUCUGCAUACUGAUGUGAAUUGAAAUUUUGUUGUCCACUGAAUGGAGGAUAAAUCAAUUCCCUGAUUGUUUUGAUAAUAUAUAUUUCCUAGUUGUGUCAUGGCUUAUGCAACAGAGCUCACCCUUUUGAAGUUGCAC